AUGAACAGUGUUUGCUGCCUGGUCCUGGUCGCCCUGAGCCUGUGGCCAGAUAGAGCUGCCGCCCCGGGGCCACCUCCUGGCCCCCCGCGGGCCUCCCCAGACCCUCGGGCUGAGCUGGACAGCGCCGUCCUCCUGACCCGCUCCCUCCUGGCGGACACUCGGCAGCUUGCGGCGCAGCUGAGAGACAAAUUUCCAGCCGACGGAGACCACAACCUGGACUCUCUUCCCACCCUGGCCAUGAGUGCAGGGGCGCUGGGAGCCCUACAACUCCCAGGUGUGCUGACUCGGCUGCGAGCGGACCUGCUUUCCUACCUGCGCCAUGUGCAGUGGCUGCGCCGGGCCGGGGGCCCUUCCCUGCGGACCCUGGAGCCGGAGCUGGGUGCCCUGCAGGCCCGGCUGGACCGCCUGCUUCGCCGGCUGCAGCUCCUGAUGUCCCGCCUGGCCUUACCCCAAGCACCCCCAGACCCACCAGCUCCCCCGCUGGCCCCCCCGGCCUCUGCCUGGGGAGGCAUCAGGGCAGCCCAUGCCAUUCUUGGGGGGCUGCACCUGACCCUUGACUGGGCCGUGCGGGGCUUGCUGCUGCUGAAGACUCGGCUGUGA